AUGAUGCAAGGCGCCAGCUCGCGCAGGGUUGGCUUCUUCUGCGACUCCUGCGCCCUUGUCCGGAUGCGAAGGCCGUCGUCUUUGGCUCCUUUCUCCGUCUCCCCACCAGCCCGCCGACCAUGCAAAUCGUUCAUCCGGAAGCCCGUAUCGACAAGGUGGAUAUCGGCGGCAGUGACGAGCGCAUCGACUGAGCCUGGGGCCGAGACGAAACGGACGGCUGCGGUGCAAAAGGCGCAGCCGACGCCAGAUCCCAACGGGCUGGCAGAGGUCGCACAGGAUAGUCGAAACAAGUUCCUAUCCGUCGACGGGAUUCCAGCCCCGCAAUUGACGACGGCCGCGCUUCAGUCGUGCCUGCGAGCCGCCGCGGCCCUGCAUCCCCAACUCAAGAGAGCUGAGGCCCAAUCGAGAGCAUCAGCCUCGAGGCUCGUGGCCCUGGGCGCCGAACGAACCGGGGCCCGGCUGCCCAUUGAUGCGCGGCUGCAGGACGCAAUCAGCAGGAUCUCGCACUCGGCCUAUGAAAUCAUUACGCACCCAAAUGUGGAGAUGACGCCCGAGUUCCUAGAGCUCUACGUCCAAGUCCAGGCUCAACUGGGACGACCCGAAUCUCUACCCUCUGUGCUGGAGCUAUAUGCGAUUAAACCGAAACCGACUGUCAAGGACGGUAUGAUCCAGCAUGUUCGGCGAAAUCCCAAUUCGCCCAUGAGGGCGAUCGAGAUUGACACAGCUGAGCUGGCUCUUCAGACGGCCAUUGAGGCCAGGAAUCUCGACUCUGCGCUCGGCAUCAUCGAGGCGGCAUACUGCGUGCCAGCAUUCAGACGCCAGAAGCUCAUCAAGCACACUACUGUUCCCGCCCUCGGCCUCGCCAGUCUUCCUUUUGGUAUUUUCGGGCUCUCGACGGCGUAUGCCGCCUACUGGCAAAAUACGAUGGACAUGUCGACGGCGACUGGUAUCGCGUUUGCCGGCAUCUCUGGCUACUGUUUCGUGGUCGGCUCGCUAGGCCUGAUCGCCAAACUGGGCCACAUGGACCACAUGAAACGCGUGACGUGGACGCCCGGGACGCCGCUGCGGUAUCGGUGGCUGAGGGAGGAAGAGCGGGCGGCCUUGGACAAGGUGGCCUGCGCAUGGGGCUUCAAGGAGCCAUGGAGAUACGGGGAGGAGACGGGGCCCGAGUGGGAGGGGCUCAAGGAGUACAUGGGAUACAGGCAGAUGCUCCUCGACCGUGUGGAGUUUAUGGAAGGCAUGAGCUAG